AUGUUAUUUCUCGCUUUUAUCAACGAAAUGGAAUCGAGAUCAAGGUUGUCGUUUAUGUUAUUUCUCGUUGCACUUAGUGGACUCGCCUCUCACUCCGAGUCAGCUCGACAAGCUUUCAAAAGAGACCCUGGUCACCCUCACUGGCACCAUAGCGCCUUCCUCGAAGUCCGCGACAGCGUCCGAUCCGAUGUUCGCCGCACGCUCCACUCGCGUGCCGAGGUUCCAUUCCAGGUUCCGCUCGAAGUGAAUGUGGUGCUAAUUGGCCUCAAUGGAGAUGGUGGCUAUCGUUACACAGUGGAUGCACCUAAAUUGGAGGAGUUUCUGCGUGUCAGCUUUCCCUCCCAUAGGCCUUCCUGUCUUGAGACUGGGGAGCCACUCGAUAUAGAACAUCAUAUUGUUUAUAACACAUUUCCUGCAGGGCAGCCAGAAUUGAUUGCACUUGAGAAGGCACUGAAGGAAGCCAUGGUUCCUUCUGGUUCUGCAAGAGAGUCUGAUUUUGGGAGAGAGGUGCCCCUAUUUGAGGUGGAAGCAACAGCUGUGGAGCCAGUAUUCCAAAAGCUAUAUUCAUAUAUAUUUGACAUGGAUAGUGGGGGAUAUUCUGCGAAAGAGACGGAUAGACCUGUGCCGGCUGCUAUAUUUAUUGUUAACUUUGACAAGGUCAGAAUGGAUCCUAGGAAUAAGGAUGUUGAUCUUGAUAGUUUGAUGUAUAGCAAACUUACCUCACUGACUAAUGAAGAAAUGAAACAACAAGAGGGAGACUAUAUAUAUCGAUAUCGGUACAAUGGAGGAGGAGCGACUCAAGUUUGGCUGGGCUCUCAGAGAUUUGUUGUGAUCGACCUCUCUGCUGGCCCUUGCACGUAUGGGAAGAUUGAAACUGAAGAAGGAAGUGUAGGUCCUAGAACGUUGCCACGAAUACGUGGCAUCUUAUUUCCAGGUGGUUUGGCUUCUGUCAAUACUCAUACCACCCAUGAUAAUUUCAUGGGACAUCUUGCUGCUUUGGUGGCAACCACAAUUGAGAAUGUUAUAGCUCCAGAUGUUCGGUUUGAAACUGUUGAUCUGACCACAAGGCUGCUUAUACCUAUUAUUGUCCUCCAAAACCAUAACCGGUAUAAUAUUAUGGUAAAAGGUCAUAAUUACAGCAUAGAUAUUGGGGCAAUUGAAGCAGAGGUGAAAAAGUUGGUUCAUGAUGACCAAGAAGUAGUGAUUAUUGGGGGGUCACAUGCACUUCACCAUCAUGAGAAGUUGGCUAUUGCCGUGUCAAAAGCUAUGCGGGGCCAUUCCUUGCAAGAAACACAGAAGGAUGGACGCUUCCAUGUUCGCACCAAGACAUAUCUUGAUGGUGCCAUUCUUAAGGAAGAGAUGGAACGAUCUGCAGAUGUGCUUGCAGCAGGUUUGCUUGAAAUGGCUGACCCAUCUCUUUCAAAUAAGUUUUUCCUUCGCCAGCAGCACUGGAUGGAUGAAUCCGAGAAUUCAACUGAUUCGGUUCUGAAGCAUAAACCUCUAUGGGCUAGUUACAACUCGAAAGUUGGCAACAAUAAGAAAAGGAAAAAACAGAAGAAAAAAGGGGAUCUGCACCCAACUUAUGGAACUAGAGUUAUUCCCGUCUUUGUGCUAUCAUUGGCUGAUGUUGAUCCACAACUUAUGAUGGAAGAUGAAAGCUUUGUUUGGACAGGAAAUGAUGUUGCCAUAGUGCUUGAGCACCAAAGUCAAAAUAUACCUCUGAGUUAUGUUUCUGAAACGGAGAGAAGAUAUGGUAUUCCAUCACAAGCACAGCGCCACAUUUUAGCAGGACUUGCUUCUGCUGUGGGUGGGUUGAGUGCACCGUAUGAAAAAGCUUCUCAUGUACAUGAAAGGCCUGUGGUGAAUUGGCUCUGGGCUGCGGGUUGUCACCCGUUUGGACCAUUUUCAAAUACAUCGCAAAUCAGCCAAAUGCUUCAGGAUGUUGCACUGAGAAAUACAAUUUAUGCACUUGUAGAUUCGGCUCUCAGAACCAUUCGCGAUACAUCUGAGGCUGUCCAAUCUUUUACUGCUGAAUAUUUGAAGACACCACUCGGUGAACCCGUGAAGGGAAAGAAGAACAAGUCAACUACCGAGCUAUGGGUGGAGAAGUUUUACAAGAAAACAACAAACCUGCCCGAACCUUUCCCACACGAAUUAGUCGAGCGAAUAGAGAAAUACUUGGAUAACCUCGAGGAACAACUUGUUGAUCUUUCAUCUUUGUUAUAUGACCACCGACUGCAAGAGGCACAUUUGAAUAGUUCUGACAUUCUUCAAAGCACCAUGUUUACAAAGCAGUACGUUGAGAACGUUUUGACUAGUGAGAGGGAGAGGAUGAGAUGCUGUAAUAUCGAAUUCAAGUAUCCUGUCCAUUCUUCUCAAACUUUCGUAUAUGGGGGAAUUCUUCUUGCUGGGUUCUUGGUAUAUUUCAUGGUCAUUUUCUUUUCAUCACCCCCUGGUCAAUGAUAAAAAGUCGUAAGAAAUUGCACGAAUUCGAAGGUAAGCUUGCGCUCUCAGUCUCAUCCUUAGGAAACCCAUCAUAGGUCGAUGAUAUACAUUUCAGAAAGAAGAAAGUUUUGUAAACUUAGGGUUUCUCUGCUUGUCACACCACAUGUGGCGUAAAUCUUUGCUAAAAGCCUAAAACGUGUUUCUUUUGAUAACCAUGAACCGAAAUACAGAACUUUUCAAAUCAAAAUUUGAUAGUUUAUCUUUCUCUAUCCAUGACCAUGUUGUGGCUAGAGAAAAGGGGAAUAUAUAUAGAUUCAGCUAGGGGUUAGUGUUUGAUCUA